AUGAAACUCGAACAAGUCUUUGUAAGAGAAAUAGUGAAGUACUUGUCUAAAGAAGAGAUUCAAACUAUUGUUUUAGUCAGUAAAAAGGUGUGUGCAUCUGUUGAACAAAGUCGACACAUCUAUGGAAUUGAUGAUUUUGUAUUUCUCUUCAAACACUUUCCUUUACUUUUGUCGUUCUCAUUUCGUCUUUCUCAAAUUGAUACAAUUCCAUUCACUUUAGUUGAUAAAGAAGUGUCAUUGUAUAUCAAACCAGAUAAUACCCCACCAUCUAAUGACAACAAAAUCAUUAACGAUAUCUUAAAAACACGAAAAGUAGUACAACUGGAUGUGUCUUAUUUUGAUAUUGUCGAACCAAAAGAGUAUCAAGAACUCGAAAAUGUUUCGUUCAAUUUUACAGAUGACAAUCAACAAAAUGUAUAUAUUCAACCGUUCUUUUAUAAUAACCCAUUUGUCGUGCAACAGCAAAAAUAUCAAAAAUUUUUGAAAUUUGUCAAAUUCGUUGAAAACAACGAAUUUCAACGACUCAAAUUAAUGAAAAUUUCAAUAGACUUUUAUUCAUCAACUGAAAUAAAAAACACAUCCUUUGACAUCUUAAAAACCGUCCCAGAAAAGAUCAAAAUUUUCAUCAACUUUGGUGUUGUUCCUUCAGUCAAAACUAUUUCGAACUUAAAUAUCAUCACAAGGAAAAACACAUAUUUUUAUGUGAAGACAUUCGCCUUAUUUGACGACCACAUUCCCAAAAAUGUUAUAAUAGAAAGUCCUUUGAUAAUUGGUCCUUACUAUUUUUUUUCAAAGAAUACAUAUUUAAAGGACUAUAUCACCUCUUCUAAAGUUACUCACAUCGAGAUGUCAUAUAACAAUUCUUUACAAAUAAAUAAACAGGAUGAUGGUAUACAACUCAUAGAUUUAUCGGAAUUCAAAUCAAUUCUCUCUGUAAAAUGCCCAAAGUCGAUGUCGGUAUAUACGAAAAUCAUAUUUCCAGAAACAGUGGAAAACAUCUUAUUUGAGACGUAUGACUAUGUGAUAUCAAACGUGUUUGAUACAACGUGGAAUUUUAGAGUAAAGUGCCUUGUUAUUAAUUCUGCGUCUUUUUUAAGAAGGUUUGAAUUUCCAAAUCAUCUUGAAAUGUUGUCUCUCUCUAAUAUUGCGUUUCUUGAAUCAUUGGACCUCGAGAAAAAUGAAGAAUUGAAAGAGUUAAGACUGGAGAAUAUCUUUCGGCUGAGUGUACUUAAACUUCCACCACAAGUCGAGACUCUUUUUUUGAGGACAAUUGGAAAAUACGAAAAAACUUUGAGUAUUUAUGGACUUCAAAAAAAUCAAAAGAUGAAAAAAUGUUCGUUUGAUGAUGUAAAAAACGUGAAGGCAAUUGAACUUCCAUGCAGCGUUGAAAAGUUGUAUGUGUCGAGUUGUUACGAGAUCAACAUCGAGAAUUUAAGGUGCAAAUGGCAUCUAGAAAAGAAUGAAUUCUGUUUUGAAGGCUAUCGAAAGAAAGAAAUUCCAACUUGGAAGCCACCUUGGCAUCAAGAGGAAAACACUGAUAUGGACAUGUAUAACGCUAAACAAUUGUUGAAGGAUAAAAUAGCUCAGUUUAAGACUAUUGUUGAAAACAUGAAGAGAGUCUAUUCAGAAAUUGGAAAGGUUGAUAAUUUAGUUGGAAUUACCUUCACAAGUGUCGGACAACUUGUUGUAGCAAAAGACUCUUUAGAAAUAUCAAGUAUUUCAAACAACAUCUUAAAGAACACCGACAUGUUUGAAAACACUAAAGUUCGAAUUGAAAUUGAACUCAUUCAACCAAUUAAUGAAUUUAUAGAACAACUUCAGACUCUUCAUGAACGUGCAGAGAAGUGUCAUCGGUGGCGGAUAGAUAAAGACAGAUACAAAGAUGAACUUGAAAAUGAAUUGAAAAGAACAGACAAUUUCUACGACAUAGCUGAGGUCAAUGAGAAAUACAAAAAUGCUAAUAUCAAAUACAAGAACCUUCGGGAUGAAAUAGUCAGUGAUGUGGAAAUCAUAGACGCUUAUUCUAAAGUUGCUUUAGAACACAUAAGCGGAACUUUUCUUGAUAUAAAUGUGAUCUUGGCUCAACAUGUGAAUGAUUCGUGGAAUCAGGUAAAAGGGAUAUUCCAAUACUCUCCCUUCAGAAAUAUUCAGUUGAUCACUUCAGAGGAAAAAUCUUAUGCUAUAAAAAGGAAAAAGUCAAAAAAGUCAAAAAAAAAUGAAAAAAUUGACAAACAUGGAAAAGUGAAAAAACGGUCAAAAUCUUUUGUCGACUUUGAAGCAGAAAGAAAAAGACAAAAUUUCACAAAUUUCAAUUUUGUUAAAAAAACUGAAAAAGUCGAAAUUGAAAAAAUUGAGAAAAUCGAAAAUGCGACCAUCGAAAAACAAGAAAAAGUCGAAAAAAAGAGAGAAACUCUCCGAAAACCAAACGAAACGAUUUUCUUCACAAUAGAAGAAAAACACGAAGGACUCGAAAGACUUCAAAGACGAACAAUGUCAUUUCCAACAUUCGCGUUUGAAAAUAACAAAUCAAAAUGUGCGUACAACCCAUCCAAAGAAUGUGUCGACUUAACAAAGGAACUCCAAGCAGAGGAGGAAAUGCAAGAAGAAACUCCAAAAGUUGAAUAUCCAAUAACUCUCGAAGAACAAUAUUACACCAAAGAAAAAACACAGACAGAACAAACAAAACAAGAGGGGAAAGAAGUGCUGCAAUAA